GAUUCCUCUAGCCAUUGCUAUAUUGUAUUACGCGGUUAUUAUUUAUUAUUUAACAAGGUACAACAUGGCAGAAUAUGUGGAUCCAUCUAAUCUCCAAGCCAUGGAUACCCCAUCUGGGUCAUCGAAUCCCUCUGAACAUGAUUCCAGACCAGAGUCAUCUAUGUCGAUUGAAACUGAAGUAGCUCCCACUGAAGGAGCUGAAUUGGAAAAAGAGAUGAUGUCAAUUUACGAAAUUAAAUGCUUGAUUUUGAACUUGGAGAAGGAGUUAAAUGAUCUUAAAACAGCAAAUCUUGAUGUACAUCGAAGGAUCAAAAUUUUGUCGAAGACUACGAAGAGCAUUAUUUCAGCUAUUGAUCACCACACUUCUGUAGGUGAUCAGAAAAAGUCUAGUGUUUUUUAGUAUUCAUUGAUGUUGGUACAUGCAAUCAUGUAUUUCAAUCUCUGGUUGCUCUGUUGAAUAAUAAAAAUCUAA